AUGUAUCAGCCACAACAAGGACAACAACAACAACAGUAUUAUCCACCACCUCCGACAAUGCAACAAAAUCAAAAUUAUUACCCACCGCCAGAACAACAGUAUCCGCCACCAGAUUAUAAUACAUCCUACCAACAGCAAGCACCUUAUUCCGAAGAACCCAAUAAAGGCAUCAAACCCUCGAGUGGAUGGAAUGAUGUCUGGGCUACGGUACUUUGGCUACUCAAUUUGGGUGCAUUUAUUGGAUUAGCUGUUGUUGCCAUUAGUACAUACAAUAGCCAUGGCACGACCUACGGGGGUGUCCAAUCAUCAAACCCUUAUUCUGGAUUAACCUUUGAUACAUCUACUUUUGUCAUCUUUGGAUACGCGGCUGUAGUUGGAUUUGGUAUAAGUUUAUUAUAUUUGAUUAUUGCCAACAUGUUUCCAGGACCAUUGAUCUACAUCACGUUCAUUGGAUCGAUCAUUGUUUACUUUGGAGUGACAAUCUAUUACUUUGUUAGACAUUAUUACUCAGCAGCCAUCGUCUUUUUGAUCUUUUCGUGUCUUUAUGCUCUUUGCUUUUUUUGGUGGAGAAGUAGAAUCCCUUUUGCAACAGUCAUGCUAAAGACCAUUGUGGACAUCACUCGAAAGUAUCCAAGCACUAUGUUCAUUGGUAUCCUAUCACUCAUCAUUCAAACCGCAUUCUCAUUCUGGUUUAUGUUUACCGUCAUUGGCAUCUAUCAAGCAUGGUACAGCUCAAGUAGCAAUAACUCUCGAUUGAAUUGUGCCAUGGUCUUUUUGGUCUUUUCGUUUUAUUGGACCUCACAAGUGAUUACCUAUGUAACUCAUGUUACGCUCGCGGGACUCUUUGCCACCGUCUAUUUCCUAAACGACGGUAUCAAACAUCCUAUCUGGGGCAGUGCCAAACGCGCUCUGACCACUAGCUUUGGUUCUAUUUGUUUUGGAUCUCUCUUGAUUGCCCUCAUUAACUUGGUUCGAUUCUUUUUACGCGUGGCUCAAUCCAAUACGGAUAAUGCAUGUGCUGCAUUCUUUAUUUGCAUCAUCCAAUGUAUUGUCAACUGCUUUGCUGGACUAUUUGAAUGGUUCACUUAUUAUGCUUUCAGUGGCGUAGCAAUCUACGGUAAACCGUUUAUUCCUACAGCUCGAAACACAUGGAACAUGGUCAAGGACCGUGGCAUUGAAGCCAUGAUCAAUGACAACUUAAUUGGUAAUGUCCUGUUUAUGGGCGGAUUACUCGUAGGUGUUCUCUCUGGUCUAUUAGGAUUCAUUUAUCUGGAAGUAAGCAAACCUCCAUAUAAUGCUAAUGGAGGCAUGACGCCUGUCAUCAUCAUGAUGUGCUUCUUGAUCGGUGCUUCCAUGUUUUCAACCGUUGCGACUGUGAUUUCGAGUGGUGUGGCUACUACUUUUGUUUGUCUUGCAGAAGAUCCAGAUGCUUUGAGGAGAUCAAAGCCUGAGCUUUAUGAAAGCAUUCGCCAGACUUGGCCAAGAGUCGUUCAAGGCGUAUAG